AGCGCGUGGUGUGUGUGUGUGCGCGAGCUCGUGCGCUGUGUUUAAGCCUCCUGAGAGAAAUGAGAGAAACUUCGGACGUUUUAAGGAAAAUAUCGCCGAAAUACUUCAUUAAUUUAUUGUAAUUGUCGCACCGGAGCUGCGUUCGAUGAAUUUGACGGAGUCGGGAGGUUUGAUGACCAAAACAUGAUGAGGGCUGUACAGAUGGUGAAGCUCUAGUUCUGUUCUGAUUACUAAAACUGUCUGGGAUGGGAAACUCGGAGAGCCAGUACAGCGUCCAGGCAUCUCGGAGCAGUAGCUUCUCAUUCACUAAUAGACAGAAACCUUAUUCAGCCAAGCUCCGUUUUUCCAAAGAAGAUGUUUUGACACCUCAUGGCUGGUGGAGAACUGGAUCACGGGGUUCUGGCUUCAAAUCCAAAAUGGUAUCACGUGGCUGUUUGUCACACCACAAGUCUGAUCAGCCGUCCAUGUCCAGGCGCUGUGACUACAUCGCUAAAGGAAGAGAAGCAAAGGGAAGGAUCGGUCCUCAGUGGAACGGUUCAGAGAAAGAACGCGUGGCGAAGCCGUCUAAGAACGGACAUCUCGAGGAAAACGGACGGGAGUGUAACGGUCACUCUGUAAACGGGUGCAAGACCCCUGAGAAAAAGACCAAAACGGACGAACUGGAAGAUCACAGCAGCCCGAGAGUCAUGAUCAAGAGUGACGGCAGCGUUCGGGUCGAGUUCAGCCACAUCUCUAAAAACUCAACACUUCCGGACGAGAACGGAGGUUCCGUCCAGCUGUUGAAGUUUUCCCCCACAUCACACUCCGGGUCCACCCCGGAUCGUGAAUCUGCUCCGGCAGAGAGCAGCUCCAUCAUCAGAACCAACAACAGAAGCUCAAUGAGUUCAGAAGGCAGCUGGUACGACUCGCCCUGGGGACCCGGCGGCGAGCUGAACGACGAGGACGACGUCUGCUCCUCACUCAACCGGGUAUCAGAAACGCUUCCCUCGGUGCGCAUAGAGUAUUUCGACGAGCAGCUCCCCCCUCGUUAUCUUUACCGGGACCCCAUCAUGGCCGCCACAUUUCCCAACGCUGAAGAUCUGACACUUGCAAAUGAUCUGCCGUUCAAACACAGGUCCUCGUUUGUGUGCGUAAUGGAAGAACCUGUUCCAGACGAGUCCUCGGGGGCAAGGCAGUACUCUUCCUUCACGUUGCCGUGUCCUAAACCCAAACCCAUCGACGAGAACGCCGGAAAGAAGGAAACGAUCAGGAACAGAAUGAGACGACUCAGUGACUGGACCGGGAGUUUGACCAGAAGGAAGAAGAAGUCGAAGGAGCCGAGAUAUAAAGAGCCUAUCGAUUGUUUCGACAGCGGUAUAGACGGACUGACGGCCGACACCAGCUCCCCGUCUCAGUUGUCUAGCCUGCUGGGGUACCCCAAGGCCCAGUGUCGGGGCCGCUCCCAGUCCCAGGUGCUGCCGUCCUGCGGCGGUUCGUUCGGCGCCCUCCACUCAGGAACAGACGCUCUGCGACAGAACAUCUACGACAACUUCAUGAGGGAGCUGGAGACGAGCCACACGGUGGCGGGAAGCGGCGAGGAAAGAGGCGAGAACUCUGCAGAGGACACGGAGAGUAGCAGCCAGGAGACGGUGGGCUCCCUGGAGCAGCUGGAUCUGCUGUGUGAGAAGGAGCAGGGUGUGGUCAGGAGAGCCGGCUGGUUGACCUUUAAACCUCUGCUAACGCUGCACAAAGACCGAAAGCUGGAACUGGUGGCCAGGCGCAAGUGGAAACAGUACUGGGUGACUCUUAAAGGCUGCACUCUCCUGUUUUACGAGACGUAUGGAAAAGGUUCUCCGGAGCAGGAGACUUCACCAAGCUACGCUCUGCUGGCCGAGGACGGGAUCGUCCAGGCCGUCCCCGAGCACCCAAAGAAGGAGAACGUGUUCUGCCUCAGCAACGUCUACGGUGACGUCUACCUCUUUCAGGCCACCAGCCAAACGGAUUUGGAGAACUGGGUCACCGCGAUCCACUCGGCCAGCGCGUCUCUGUUCGCUAAGCGUCACGGCAAGGAGGACACGUUGCUCCUGCUCCGAGGACAGAUCCGCAGUCUGCUGCAGAAGAUCGACAUGGACGGAAAGAUGAAGAAGAUGGCGGAGCUCCAGCUGUCUAUCGUAAUCGAUCCAAAGAACAGGAAGGCCAUCGAGAACCAGAUCCAGCAGUGGGAUCAGAACCUGGAAAGGUUCAACAUUGAUUUGUUCCGUAUGCGCUGUUACCUGUCCAGCCUGCAGGGAGGAGAGCUGCCCAACCCCAAGAGCCUCCUGGCCACCGUGAGCCGUCCCUCUAAAGCUGCCCUCGGACGUCUGGGAAUCUUCUCCGUCUCCUCUUUCCACGCACUGAUCUGCUCCAGAGACGAGGCCACCCUGAGGAAACGUUCUUUGUCUCUGUCCCAGAGAAGCCACGGUAGGAGAGGUGUGUUCUCCUCGCUCAAAGGCCUGGACAGUUUGACCAAACGCAGUCGUGAGAAGAGACCCUGCGCCUCACAGGAUUGCAUUUCCAUGAGCUACUGCUCUCACUCGGGUGUUUGUGAGGUUUUUGACAGCGCAGCCGGCGAACACUUCAGCUACGUUCCUCCGUACAGCAGAGAGAGACUGGAUGCUCUAGCUGACGGUUACUCGCUAGCUCCACCCGAUGGCGGUCAGUGGGAGCGCGAUGUGACAGAAAAGCCGGUGUUGGUUUACAUGCCCGACUACCAGGUGGUUACUGUGGCUCUGAGCGACCAGCACACGGUUUCGGAGCUCCUGAACACCGCCUGCAAGAUGCGGAACCUGGACCCCAGCCUACACUGCCUGCGUCUGCGCAGAUGCGUCGACGAUCGGGUGGAGGUCUGGACUCCGGCACCGCAAGAGAACCUUCACGAACUGUUGUAUGAUGAGUUGGAAGUCAGCGCUCUCAGUGUGUACAUGCUCCACAUGACUAAGCCAACAUGCACAGGGGAUUUUGGGUUUGCUGUUACAGGACACGUGGACAGUCUCAGGCACAGCCGCAUCUUUGUCACUGAAGUUCUCUCGGAUGGAAUUGCCUUCAGUGAAGGUCUGAGACCAGGUGAUGAGAUCCUGGUUCUGAACGGCUGUCAGGUCUCGACUCUGGACCUGGCUCUUAUUCAGACGCUGUUCAGCGAGAACACGCUGCACCUGACUGUCAGACGAGAGCCGACUGUCUCGACACACACACCCCUAACACACACACACAGCAUCCAGCAGCCAGCAAGGGACUUCCUUUACUGCCAUCAUCGAGCCAAGUCUGCUACAGACGUGUCGUGUGCAUCCGAGGCCUCGGGGAAAGCCGACGUAGAGACGAGUCGACAUCGUCGCCAGAGCCUCAGAGUCGUGCAGCACAGCAAGAGCGUGGAGACGGUGUGCACCCUGUAUCACUCCCUCCAGGACGCUUCCGGAGGACUGAUGGAGGUCCGGAAGGAGACGACGGGUCCGGACGCCGCCCUGCUCAGACCCUGUCCACGACACAUGUCCGUCACAGAGAGACUACGCAAAGUCGUGCAGGAGUUAGUGGACACGGAGAAAUCCUACGUCAAGGAUCUGAGCUGCUUGUUCGAGAUCUACCUGAAGCCCCUGCAGAAGGAGACGUUUCUCACACAGGAUGAGAUGGAGAGUUUGUUCGGGAGUCUGCCGGAGAUGCUGGACUUCCAGAAGGUGUUUCUGCAAACCCUGGAGGAGAGAAUUGCCUCGACUCCAGACUUCAGCACACUGGAGACCCCGGGGCAGUUCAGGAAGCUGCUUUUUUCUCUCGGAGCGUCGUUUCUUUACUACGCCGAUCACUUCAAACUCUACAGCGGCUUCUGCGCCAAUCACAUCAAGGUCCAGAAGGUUCUGGAAAGAGCUAAAACAGAUCGAGCCUUUAAGGAGUUCCUGGACGCGAGGAAUCCAACCAAGCAGCACUCGUCUACACUCGAGUCCUAUCUGAUUAAACCAGUGCAGAGAGUGUUAAAGUAUCCUUUACUGCUGCGGGAGCUGGUGUCCCUGACCGAUACGGACAGUGAGGAGCACUACCACCUCACGGAGGCCUUGAAGGCGAUGGAGAAAGUGGCCAGCCAUAUAAACGAGAUGCAGAAGAUCUACGAGGAUUACGGCGCUGUGUUCGAUCAGCUGGUGGUGGAACAAAGUGCAUCAGAAAAAGAGGUCACAGAGAUUUCCAUGGGAGAGUUUCUCAUGCAUUCCUCAGUGACGUGGAUAAACCCGUUCCCGUCUCUCGGCCGCAUGAAGAAGGAGCCAGAACUCACCGUAUUUGUGUUUAAGAAGGCAGUGAUCCUCGUGUGCAGAGAGAGCAACAAGCUGAAGAAGAAAAUGAACGUUCCACGCUCUGCCCACGCGCACGGAGAUCAGGACAGCGUUAAGUUCCGCUGGCUGGUUCCUCGCUCUGCACUGCAGGUCAGACUGGGGAACACGGCAGAAAUGAACUGCGUCUGGGAGCUGAUCCACACUAAAUCUGAGCUGGAGGGUCGACCCGAGACGGUGUUCCAGCUGUGCAGCAGCACACCUGAGAGCAAAGUGAACACGGUCAAGGUGAUCCGCGUUGUUCUGCGGGAAAACGCACGCAGGGGGACACGAGGAACCGAGCAACCAGCUGAGAGAACCUGCAGAGAACAUCUGGCUCCUCUGAGGGGAAGUUUACCUUCAUCAGCUAAACUCGGUUCCUCUCGAGCAUCCUGGUUGUGCCAGAAGCCCACCAGCAUUGACUCUCUCGCCAAAAGUGACACACUGAAGCCUGUGCAGUUAGACUCUGAUUCGGCGAGUGAGAGCAGCGGAGACCCGCCCAAUGCCCCUUCAUCAGAGGCUCCGCCCCCUCCCUCCAACCUCAGACGCGGGAGCAUGAGGGAGUCGGACAUUCUCAGCGAUGACGACGGCUUCAGUGAGCGCUUGGCUCGCCGUGACUCCACCCCCGGGUCGAUCGAGACUCGGUUCCACGAGCUGCACCUGAGCGACGAGGCCCGUGAGGAACCCGAAGGUCGUGAGGUGAACUCUCCUCAGCUUCAGCUCAGACGGGCUCACUUCAGCGCCGUGAGGCGGCGGUCGGCGAGAAGCGAACCGAGACGCAGCCAGGCGGCGCUGCUGAGUCUGAGGCAGCACAGCCACUCUCUGGACAGCCAGUCAGACUGCACGGGGGUCAACGUCGACCUGAAUACGCUGCUAGAGCGAGACUUCAGCGUCCACAGCCUCACCUCCGUCAUCAACGAGGACUGUUUCUACGAAAACGCCAACAAGAACAGCACCACGGCUACGCCGUCAUAGCCACCAGUCUGUACACUGUUUAACGUCUGGAAGAGGAAUUCGCUUUAACCUUCAGGCCACGCCCAGACAUCCAAAGCCACGCCCCCACUGUCACUUCUGAAUAAAUAAGUGACAGGUAAGGAGAGCUUCCACGUCCUCAUGGGGUUCUCUGUAGAGCCAAAGCAUGGGUUUGUUUUCCUUUUUUCACAAACACAAGGAAACAACAACAAUCAUUAACUCCAUGUUGCACAGCGUCUCGUCUCCCCAAACCUGCGCCGCCCUGCAGGAACCAUCCAGAUGUUGCAUCGGCUUCUUUUGUGCCUUUUUAUUUGUCCUUUUAUUUUUACAUACUAUGAUCUUUACAGUUUUUAAGCUUUUUAUUAUUUAUUGAAAACAUUGUUCCUUUUGAAUAGAAAGUUAAAACUUGGUGUUUUUAUUUUGCAUGAGGUUUGUGACUGUUCUGGGGUCAGUAACAGUAAAAACAGCUUUUUUUUUAAA